AUGUACAAGUACGACCUACCAGCAGAACUAUGGUCCAAUAUUCUUGGAUAUGUUGACUUGAAAAGCCUUCAGCAACUACACAGCUCGUGUAGUGUCUUCAGAGACGUGUGCGUGGACCAACCGGAAGCGUUCUGGCAUGACACUAUGAAAGCAGCAGUACCUUGGCAUAAGACAAUUAAGGAGGAUGGAAGCAGUGAUUUCUGGUUGAAGACCGCUGUCAGUUUUGGAACACAAAUAAGCAGGUACGAAGAGGGGGAGCUUUAUGUGGGACUGUUUAAAAACGACACGAGAGUUGGAUACACACAUGCGGGACUGUUGAAUCCCGAGAUAACAUGGCAAACAGAGAAUGGUGCGGUGUUCCGCCUGGACAUGACCUCAAUGGCCUAUGAGACACGUGAAAAACCAGACACUAAUCCAGAGAUCCCCUUUGUGCAUACCUAUUGCUCUGCACUUGAGAAGGAUGUCUGUGUCUUUACUUAUAUGAGCCAUCGUGGUGUGGGGAUGGUGAGCAUGUUGUCCAAGGACCACUCAGUGGAGCUGGAGUUCCCAGAUCCUGUCAAUCUAAUACUUUACAGGAUUGAGUACGGCCACCACAGUCACGAGCUUGUUUUGCUGUUUCAGAAACUGGACGACCAAUCUGACAUGUUGUUCGCAUACUUUCCAUGUUUCGAGAGGAAAGAGAUGAUAUUCCUCGGCGCUCUGAACCAUGUAGACAGAACUGUGGAUGUAAAAUUUGCCCAGGGGAGAGUUGUGCUUCCUUGCAAGAGUGGAAUCACUGUUAUGGAGGCCAUGCAUGACACUGAGCAGCCAUCAUACACAUACACUUACGUGCUACACCACCAGGGAAGGCUAUGUUUCGCUCUGGGAAAGUACGUUCUUGUCUAUGGUAGCACAUUGACUACUCCUGACACCCUCCCAGUCGAUAUCUUUGAUGAUGACUGCUGCUAUUGGCUUCUGGAUGUAGCCGAACGACGGGUUCUCAAGUCACGUGACGGAGCCAGGUUUUCAAUGAAUGCUCUGGGGGGUGUUGGGCCGGUGAUUCUAGAAGGGAACAAUCUGUUCCUUGGUCUUCUCACUGACUCCCGACGGCAUUUCUCAGCCAAUCUUCACUCUCACAUUCAGUUAAUUCAGGGAGUUAUCACUGAAGAACAGAUUACGCUGUGGUUUGGGGAGCAAGCAUAG